UAUCAUGUAAUUCUCUACUUCCUAGUACUCUCUGCUGUUUCUAAAGAUGGAAGUGAUUUUUAUCUUACUUAUUUCCUUGGGAUUGGCAUGUGUAUGCCAAAGCAGAGAACUGCGGCACACUGAAUGCUUAUCGAGCCAGUUAUUAGGACAUAAGGAGCACAGUUUAACAUGUUCUUCGAAUGAAAGGAUAUUCAUUGCUACACAGUUUACAAAAUAUGAAGAUGGGUCAUAUAACCGGAGAGAUGAGAAGCAGUGCCAGAACUCCACUUCAGCAACAUGUUUUCGCUCUUUUCCUUCAGAAAAGGGAGCAGAUUUUACAUCAUAUUUCAACGUAUCCCAAAAAUCUCAAUAUAAUGUAGAUUUUGUAACGAAUUUUACGGAAAAGCAGGAGGGUUCUUUGUUUCUAGAGACAACCAAAUCUAAUAAAUGCAGCAUACAUGGACACAUUGAAUCAGCCAGAAUCUUGGAACAGGCCAACAUAAGACUGGCCAUCAUGAAUGACCUGAAACGCUGUUCUGAUGGGUCAUCCGGUAAAUGUUCAUACUUAACGCACAUUAAUGGCUUAUAA